AUGUUCAAAUAUUUGUUCUUUCUAGCGUUCGUCACUAGUGCGUUUUGUACCGAUGUAGAUUAUUUUGACGAUGUUGUUAAUAUGCUUAUGAACUACGAUGAUCGACUCGUUGCGUCCGGUGAAGAAGAAGAAGGUGAACAGCCAGUUUUGUCUGAAGGUAUAUGGAAGUGCGGUGAUUGUGAACAAAUUCAAGAAUCAAAUUUGAUCUACAACGAGGUUAAUGAAGUAAUUAGUGACUUGAAUUCCGAUGAAUCAGUUCAGGUUCAGGUAAGCUAUUCCCUACAAGACAUGCGCUGCAUCACGGUGAGCGCUGACGAAGCAAAGUCCAUCCGCAGAGUUUCAGGAUCUUGCAGUGGAGACUCCGUCACUCUCAGUGUUACACCAACGAGAUCCUAUCAGUUUACUGUGAAAUUAUAUAGUUAA